CUGAAAGUAUAAAUUGGGUCGGUGCCGGUUAGAAAUGGCGACAGACGAGAGGCUGCUUACUUUAUAGGUUCUUUAUUUGGACUCAUUGUUUUCUGGGAAACUUUUAUUCAACACUUGUUUAUGUUUUAAUCCGCCAUGUUGUUUCGGGACAGAAACGACGGAGCGACGUCAUGACUCAAAGUCAUGUCGUCGCAGAGGAUCCAAGUUUUUGGAUUAAAAUGUAUUUUGAUAAAGUUGGUUAAAGUUAAUCACUAGUUAUUUUGCUGAGGAGUGAUUCCGUGACCACAGAAGACAUGGACUCAGACACGGAAGUGGACAGUAUCUGCAGGGAGAGGAAUAUGGAGGAGAGGAAGAAAAGUUGGAAGAGGCCACCCUCCAGUUACGGUUCAAUGAAGAGCGAUGAUACAGAGAAGGAUGAGGAAAACAAAGAAGAAGUUGAAAUGUUACCUGAUUCAUCUGCUCCGGAGGCGACCAGGUUGUUGCUGAUUCGCUCCAAUUCUCCAGAGACCCUGUUCAGUAUGACCACGCAGCAACUGCCACAAGAAGCUGAUGUCAUUGAAACCAGGUCGAUCGAUCGGGGGAAUUCUUCAGAAAAUGACGAGGAUGCUAUGGAUAAGGUUUUGAUAGCUAACUCCCCAGAACCACCUGAGCCCAUUGAACUUGAUUAUGCAUUGGAGACUGAGGAGAACAGAAGACUUGGCAAACUACAUCCAGAGCAAGACCUGCCACAUAUAUUCAAGAGUAUCCAGAACUGUCUGACAAGCCUGACCUGGGAAGAGCUGUUCAAUUUUAAGUUGCGGUUUAUACAAUGGAAACCAGGUUUAAACGACCAACAAGUGAUGGAGGGAGACUUACUGGAUUUUGUCGACAAGAUCCUGGAGGUCCUCGGCCCGGAGCAUUCCCUGAGGCACACAAUAAGUACUCUAGAAAGUAUCGACAAGAAAGCAGUAGCAGAUGAUCUACAGAAUCAGUGCAAGAGAGCCAUCAUCCGUUUUCAUCUGAAGCAGCAAUCGAUCAGAAAACACCAGAUCAUCCGUGAGGGGGUCGUUCGAGCCGGACGGUGGAAUCUUCUGGAUACAAUCUACGUUGAGCCCCAGAUUUCCACCCGUUGCCACGGAGGAGUUGAUCAAUCUCAUGAGUUCCCAUCACAUCCUCCAUCACCUCUUCAGGUCCCUAGCCCCGACACCUUCGUUCAUGUAAAUGAGUUGUUCCGACCGCGGACUGAUGACGACGAACCGGUGAGGACAGUGCUGACCACCGGGAUUCCUGGAAUUGGAAUGUCUGUAUCUGUAGGGAAGUUCUCUCUGGAUUGGGCAGAACAACGAGCCAAUAAGGAUCUGCAGUUUGUCUUCGAACUUUCCUUCCACUCUUUCUGGCGUCUCCGAAACAAAUUCCCCUCCCCUUCCUCUCAAAAGAUGUCCAUCAUGGAAGUGAUAGAAUAUUGUCAUCCUGAGUGCAAAGACGUGACGUACCUGGAGGAGAACGGCUGUAGAUUUCUCGUCAUAAUGGACUCCUUUGACUGUUACCAAGCUCCUCUGGACUGGGAGAAUGCUCCAGUAAUUAAUGACAAUUACACGCAAGCACAUCUUGACGUCCUGAUUGUAAAUAUCAUCCGCGGUACGCUGCUUCGUGGUGCCUGCAUCUGGAUCCUGGGUAGACGUGGGGCUGUCUCACAAAUCCCAUAUGAGCUGAUAGACGUAGCCACGGAAAUACAAGGCUUCAGUGAUGAGAUGAAAGAUGACUAUCUGACCAGACGCUUUAGCGAUGCAGCGCUAGCUACGAAUAUUGUGGCGCAUUACAAGCGCCUGCUGACACUCAACAUCCUCGCCCGCCAGCCAUUUAUCUGCUGGAUGGUGGCCACAGUGUUUGAGCGCUGCUUCCGCUACCAAGGCUACGGAGUGCACCCCCCCAGGCUGACGCCGUUCUACGUCAACGUUUUGAUCGUCCAAACCAAUCGCAGGCUUCAGUUCUACUAUGGAAAGCGCGAAAAUGAACUGAAAUGGUCCAGUGCUGACAAGAACCUGCUGACGAAGAUGGGGUGCAUGGCCCUUAAGAUGUUGGAGAGGAAGACCAGUGUGUUCUUUGAAGAGGACUUGAAGCACUACUAUCUGGAGGUGACGGAGGUGACGGUGUGGUCCGGUCUGUGCACCGAGCUCCCCUCUGCAGAGGGGAGGAGGACAUUCUGCUUCAUACACUUCACCUUUCAGGAGUUCAUGGCCGCUUUGUACGUCUUCAAGAUGUUCUAUCUGGAUUCAAAGAAUGUCUUGCGAUUGAGCAACACCAGCAAGUCCAGGUUUGAUACCAAAUCAGCAGCAAACCUGGUCCACUGCGUGUUGGAGCAAACAUUUAGCUCCACUCUUGGCAACUAUGACAUGUUCCUGCGCUUUCUGUGUGGCCUACUCUCCCCGCAUUGCCACCAAAGUCUGCUGGGCGGCUUCCUGUUCCCUCACAACGCUCCGAAAGUGGACAGACUGGACGAGGUGAAGCGGCUGCUGGAGCAGACGAUCGAAAAUGCCCCAGGAGACAGGGUGGAAAACUUAAAGGAGUGCCUUCGAGAGAUGAUCCAAGAAGAUGAAUGAGAUGACAUGAGAUUGCAUCAAGAAAAUCAGUCUCACUUUAUAUUGAUAUGAAAAAGCUGAAAACACUCAACUGAACUUUAUUCUGAAGAAAGUCUCACAUGGACUCUGAGGAGGACAUGCAGUCCUCUGCGGGGCUGUCGCUGGUUACAUCGGUGAAGUGGUUUCGUAGUUUCUCAACAAACAAUCAGACUGGUUCAAGAUUUUGUAUCCAGAAGGAGAAGAGAGUGAUGAAGAAAGUUUUCUUUCCUUGACAUUUAAUGACUUGGUCUUUGUUUGAAUUUCAACUCUCAUUAUAUGAGAUAUUUUUUCAUAUGUCCUUAUACUCUGUUGUAGUAAUGCCACUGUUCCAAACAAAAUAUUAGUCUAAAUAUUCAUGUACGGUGCUCUUCUGAUUUUUGAUGUCUAACAAUGAGCACUAAUAUAGAAUAUGGGAUACCUAAAUGUGUUCUAACUGGUUUUUAAGUCAUCCAGCUUUGUUGUUUUAUUUCCAGUUAUGGCCUUUUCUCCUCUAAAUACACAGAAGAGACAAAAGCUGUCUGUUUACAAGUUGUGCCAUGUAAGGUGUUGAUUGUGAUGGCAUGACACUACUCUGUUGCCCGUCAGAAGAAGCAAGCUGCGUGGCCACAAGGAGGCGUACUUGCACUGUAGUUGUUGUGUCAUUCUGGCUUUUAUUUGUGUUUUUAUUGAUCUUCAAAUUUACAAAUGGUAUCUGGAUUAAGACUAAUGGUUUAGGAAAAUGUUAACCAGGUUUGAAACUGAUACAACUGAGACUGGCCAAUCCCAGACUGGCCAAUCACGUCCUGUUUCACCAAGCUGGGGCUGGUUGUUAGGAGCUGGACACUCACGUUCUGCUUCACUCUACAGUCUGAUCCAAAAUGGCUGCAAUC